AUCCAUUCCAAGUGGGAGGACGAUUUGGUGGGUUUCUAUAAGAAGAGUGUUCCGCACCGGGACCUCAUCCGCGUCCUCGAGACUCUUGUCCUGCAUGCUGCUCGUAGAAUUGCUGAAGAAUUCCUGGCACCGAAGGUUGUGGACGAGGAAGAGGAGGAAGAUGGUGAGUUCGGCUACCACCACCGAACCACCAGCGAGAGUGAACAGGCUGAUGAGGAUGCCGAUCUCGAGGACUCUGAAGCCGUGACCGCU